AAUCGUGGCAGUUAGUCUUUCGUCGGCCGCGCGUGAGUCCACACAUUAACGCAGAGGAGAAAUCGCGUCCAAGUUUAAGUCAUUUUCAUACUAAAGUACUAGCACACUCUACAGUAGAUAGUGUGUGACCCAGGAAUCAAAGAGUUUAUUCCUCAGUAUUUUUCCACUGGUUGCUACAUUAGAACAUCGCGCAGAACCUAUUAAUGCUCGUAGAUAACGCGCUACAACCUUUUGUUCAGAGGAAACUGGGCAGCCCGGCGCAAGUUCAGUGACGAUCAAAAAGAGUGGUGAAUGCAAUAAGCAGAGGAAGAAACAUUUAUCCGGAUUAACCACAGAGAUACCAGGACGAUGCAUUGGAGGAUUCUUUUGAGCGCCCUUAUCAUCUGCACUAUCGCUGGUCUCGCUCACUACACCCAAGCGUGUGAAUUGGAUCAAACGCAGCACGGCUGCCGAAUAGACAACGGUCAAUGUACGUGUGCCUUCGGAUGCAAGUCCGAGUUCCGCUACGCAACUCGCAAGGAAUGUCAAGAUGCUUUGAAGGGUCGCUCCGGUGACAUUUGUAGCAGGGCGCCCUGUCUGAACGGAGGAUCAUGCACGCAAGUGACCGCAAUGCCACAAUACAAAUGUCGCUGCGAGGGAACCGGAUACUGGGGUAACAGGUGCCAACGAAUGUGCCCUAAACCGGAGCAGGUUGCAGCCGGAAGCAAAUUUCCCCAUGAGUGCGUUGUUAUUUAAGCCAAAGAAUUGUCGUGUUAUAAUAUCUAAGAAUACCGUUUGCUUUAUAAAAACAUCGAAUGAAAACCAAACCAAACCUGCCCGCAGAGAACUCGCUCUUGCGUACAACAAUUCGUUCACAAUGUGAUAAGGGCCGGAUAUUCGGUAUUAUUCCCAAGAGGAAAUGCACUCAUCAUAUUAACACUUUGCAUUUUUAGAGUUGCCGACUCUGCGACUCGGGAUGCAAGCAAAAAAACACUGCCUUGCUACAAAAAUAUUGAUAAGGAUGGUCUGAAAACAAAACAUCAAACCUGAGUAGCAUAAUCACAAAGCAAAGUAUAACCAAGCUCGUUAGAUUAAACAUAGUGCUGAUAAAAUAGAUCGUAAAAUAAAUAAAGUAAAACAAUAUGAGAGUUGUGAAUAAAGCUAAUCUUAUGGCCUAA